UUUCGUUUAAAACCACAAGGAAAACGCACCAAAAAACGGAAACCCCAUCUCUACAGUCCUGCCCUUCCGCCCCUCUCCUCUGCAACCUUCCAGAUUUGACUACUUGAUCUUCAUGAAUUCAAGAAUUACUGAGACAUCAGUGGUUUCCUGUAAAUCGGGAAACAAGAACAUCCUUUUCUUCUGGAUUCUGUUUUGCUUGCUGCCAAAAUUUUUGGGAACUCCUUUUGCAUUCAGGAACUACCUGUUAAUCAAGGCUAUUGAUAGGCGUUCUUCUGCAGUGCGAAUCUUAAGGACUUCUGGAGAGAUCAAUCUGUAGUGGCUAGUGAUUUCGGCAUCUGUUCUUCUCAUCCCUCCUCAUACUUGUUAACAUGGUGUCAUCUCAAUUACCUGGUUUUACCAAGACCCGCAUUUGCAAACCAUUGCAAACCCAAUUACUUUUUCCUGUGAACCCCACAGAUGCUGCAGUUACGGAUCAUGUUGAGCUGGAUUUCUCUGAUGUGUUUGGUCCUCUACCAGUUCAGUCUUCAAUGGAAACAAAUUGCUGUGAUUCUGGUAACUCCAUUUCUGCAGAAGAUGCGAAUGAGCUAAUUUAUGAUGAUCCGGUUGUCAUUUACAGCCGAUCACAUUCUCUAGUUGGCCCUUCUUGUAUCAGUCAAUCGUUGAAGCUCAGCAAGCUCACCAUUCAUGAGUCAGAGGAUUUGGUGCAACUAGCGGAGUGUGUCGAAGGAGAAACGAUUAAAGAAGUUCAGAAACCUGCCAUUGAGGAUGGAAAAAUUGAGAAAUGUUUUAAAGAUGUUGAUGGAAAUUUCAUGAAGGUUGAGAGUGUAGGCAUUGAUGAUUUUGAGAUCUUGAAGGUUGUUGGGCAGGGUGCAUUUGCAAAAGUAUAUCAGGUGAGGAAAAAGGGUAGUUUAGAAAUAUAUGCAAUGAAGGUCAUGCGGAAGGACAAGAUUGUGGAGAAGAAUCAUGCAGAAUACAUGAAAGCUGAGAGGGAUAUUUUGACAAAUGUAGAUCAUCCCUUCAUUGUCCAGCUCAGAUACUCAUUCCAAACAAAAUAUAGAUUAUAUCUUGUGCUGGAUUUUGUAAAUGGGGGUCACCUUUUCUUUCAGCUCUAUCACCAUGGCCUUUUCAGGGAAGAUCUUGCCCGCUUAUAUGCUGCUGAGAUUGUAUCUGCGGUUUCUCACCUCCAUGCAAAUGGAAUAAUGCACAGAGAUCUUAAACCUGAAAAUAUUCUACUGGAUGCAGAUGGCCAUGCAAUGUUGACUGAUUUUGGACUGGCGAAGAAAUUUGACGAAAAUACGAGGUCUAACUCCAUGUGUGGAACUCUAGAAUACAUGUCACCUGAAAUUGUUCUUGGAAAGGGGCAUGAUAAGGCAGCAGACUGGUGGAGCGUGGGAGUCCUAUUAUUUGAGAUGCUAACUGGCAAGCCUCCUUUUACUGGGAACCGAGAGAAAAUUCAGCAAAAGAUAGUAAAGGAAAAGAUCAAGCUUCCAGCGUUCUUGACAAGUGAUGCACAUUCUCUGUUAAAAGGGCUGCUACAGAAAGAAGCAGGCAAGCGCCUUGGUUGUGGACCUACUGGGAGCGAGGAAAUUAAGCGUCAUAAGUGGUUCAAGCCAAUCAAUUGGAAGAAACUGGAGACCCGACAAAUCCAGCCAAGUUUUCGUCCUGAAGUUGCCGGGAAGCACUGCAUAGCUAACUUUGAGAAGCGCUGGACGGACAUGCCAGUUGUGGAUUCACCAGCUGCUAGUCCAAAUGCUGGUGGAAACCCUUUCAUGGGCUUCAGUUAUGUGAGGCCUGCAGCUUAUUUUCUUCAGAAGGAUAGCUCCUCCACCACCUUCCACUAGAUGCUCUACAUACAUCUGCCGGGAAUUUCCUUAUUUUGGGUGUCGACACACGUGUCAUUUGUUCUACAUGGAAUUCUUACUUUUGGAUUGGGAAACCUUAUAUGGUCUGCAAUUACUUGUUCUGUGUCACUAAAGCUAGUAUGCUAAACAAUUGGUCGUCCGCUAUUUUCUUUGGUUAAUUUUGAAGUUGAACUGUGAGGCUCUGUUUAUUUAUACCCUGGAAAUGGUUUUCACUGCUGAACACAAAUAUAUAUGAUAUGAUGAGUGUGGAACCUGUAUCAACCAAUCUUAAUUA